AGCUCCGGAGGAUCCUGUGGCGCAGAGAGGAACCAACGACACAACGCGACCAUUUCACCUGCUCAACUCAAGAUAUGGACCUCCGUGUGAUACUCCUGGUUGUGAUCCCAGCUCUGGUUUUGGCUUCAUCUGAUUAUGUUUACGAUGAGCAGUUUUUGGACCCUGAAGAGGUGCUGUCUGUGUCCACUACUCUGCAGAGCACACAGCGCCCCCUAUUGGGCUCCUCCAUCCGGCUGCCUUGCUACUUUCAGGACCACACAGUGGAUGACCCGGGAGCGUCUCCUGUGGAGCCCCUCUCGCACAGGAUCAAGUGGAGUGUCCUGACAGAGGAGGGUUCCCGGACGGUCCUCGUGGCUCUGGAGGGCAAAGUCCAGGUCUCUGAAGACUUUAUGGACCGGGCCAGUCUGCCGGAGUACCCCCCCUCCACCCAGACAAGCCCCCAGGACAUGUCUCUGCUCUUGUCCCAACUGCGGCGCUCUGAUUCGGGGGUGUACCGGUGUGAGGUGCAGAGAGGCAUAGAGGAUCACCACCAAGACAUCACAGUCAAUGUCACUGGGGUGGUGUUUCAUUAUCGUGCUGCUGGGGGGCGCUACAAUCUCACGUUUGAAGAGGCUCAGGCUGCAUGCUCAGAGAACAGCGCCACCAUUGCCUCAGCAGAGCAACUGCACGCUGAGUUUGAGGACGGAUUCCACCAGUGUGAUGCAGGCUGGCUCUCUGACCAAACUGUCAGGUAUCCGAUCCAUGAGCCAAGGGAGGAGUGUUAUGGAGACAAACUCAAUGUUCCUGGAGUCCGGACUUAUGGAGUGAGAGAGACCAGUGAGACCUACGAUGUCUACUGCUUCACCUCCAACAUGACAGGGCGUGUUCUCCCGGUCGUGUUCCCACUCCGGUUCACUCUCGCUGGGGCACAGGUGGCCUGUAGGUCCCUGGGCGGUCGGUUGGCUUCUGUGGGGGAGCUGGUCUUGGCCUGGUCCUGGGGUCUGGACUUCUGUAAUCCGGGUUGGCUCAGGGAUGGCAGUGUCAGGUACCCGGUGCGGUUUCGCAGGCCUCAGUGUGGAGGGGGCCUCCUUGGGGUCCGGACUGUGCACCGGAACCUAGACCAGACGGGGUUCCCUCUCCCAGAGUCCCGUUACCAGGCCUUCUGCUACACAGAGGGUCCUGUAAGGGUUGCUGUAGAGGAGGAGGGCAGUGGAGGAGUCCUCACAGUAACAGAGCACCCCCAGCUGUUCUUCCCUCAAACUACACCCCCCCGCGAGGCCCAAGGUGAGACAGAGACACUCAGACCAAUCAGCGCGGAGCAAAUGCCUCUGACCCCACCCCCCUGCUCCACACGGCCAAUCAGCUUACCCCCUCAUGUGGAGCCAGACCUGACACUGCCCCCUACAGGUGUAGUCUUCCUGUACAGACCUGGGGCGCGGUAUGCUUUGACGUUCUCUGAGGCUCAGGAGGCAUGUCUCAGAGCUGGAGCUCGGAUCUCAACCGGACCAGAACUCUACGCGGCCUUCAAGACUGGACUGCACCAGUGCGAUGCUGGCUGGGUCCAAGACCAGACUGUGAGGUACCCGGUGGUGUACCCCAGAGCGGCCUGUGGGGUGGGUCUUCCUGGUGUCCGGACUUAUGGGCUCAGACCUGCAGACGAGACCUGGGACGUGUACUGCUACAGCGAGGCCAGCAGGGGUGAAGUGUUCCCUCUAGCGUCCCCUGGUGGCUGGUCAUUCCUCGAGGCGCUGCAGGGGUGCUCUUCUCGGGGGGCAGAGCUAUCGUCUGUGGCCGAUCUGUACGUGGCGUGGAGGCAGGGCUUUGAUUGGUGCAGAGCGGGCUGGCUGUCUGAUGGAUCUGUGCGUUAUCCAAUCAGCCGUCCCCGAGCACAGUGUGGGGGCGGGGCUACAGGAGUACACACCAUUUACAUCAACGACGACCAGAGCGGCUUCCCCAGCAAUAGUGCACGCUUCGACGCCUUCUGUACUCGAGUCAAGGCAUCCAAUGAGACUACAGUAUACAUCACCACCACUGAUACUACAGAUAGUAUAGAUGCUUUUACUACAGAUACUACAAAUACUACUACAACUACUACUACUACCUCCCCUGCUGUGGUGGACGUGGACGAGGCUCUGAACAUGACCAGCUCCACACACCUGUCCAGACCAGUUCCAUCGCCCAUCCCUGCCCCGGAUCAUGUGGAAACCUUGGGAUCUGCUUCUGGGUCUGGUCUUAGACCGGGGUCUGGUCUUGGACCGGGGUCUGGUCUUGAACCGGGGUCUGGUCUUGGACCGGGGUCUGGUCUUGGACCGGGGUCUGGUCUUGGACCGGGGUCUGGACUUGGAUCCGGGUCUGGACUUGAAUCCGGGUCUGGACUUGAAUCUGGGUCUGGACCUGGAUCUGGACUUGGGUCAGGUUUUGAGUCCUCAGGGUCUCUGAGUGGUCUUGGGCUCGGUCUCUCUGGAUCCGGAUCUGGUAUAGACCUGGUAUUCUCAGGCUCAGACUCGGUCCUGGUCCAGACUGGUUCUGGUUCCAGUUCUGAGGGUCCACAGGAGGCAGGAGGAGAGGGGAGCACCACACUGAUCCUGCCCAGCCCCGAGGCGCCAUUCUCUGGAGAGAGCAGUGGCACCGAGGGCCUCUCUGCCUCUGGGGCAUCUGAAGGUGUCAGUGGAGGUUUCAGUGGCCUCACCUCUAGUUCAGGAGAAAGUGGACUCGGGUCUGGUCUUGGCUUUGGUCUCGGGUCUGGUCUCGGGUCUGGUCUCGAGUCUGGUCUUGGGUCUGGUCUUGGGUCUGGUCUUGGGUCUGGUCUCGGGUCUGGUCUCGGGUCUGGACUUGGAGGAUCCUGGUCUGGUUCUGGGUCUAGUUCUUCUGGGAGUGGGGCUGUGACCUUCAUUGAUGGAGACAUGGUGGACUUUACGCUUUACUCUGGAUCCAAAGAGGAACUUAGCGGAGACCUUCUCGUGUUUUCAGGAUCUGGACUUGGACUCGGGUCUGGUCUCGGGUCUGGACUUGGACUCGAGUCUGGUCUUGGGUCUGGGUCCGGUCUUGACGGGGUCUUUUUUGAUGAAUCUGGGUCAAGUUCAGGUUCAGGAUCUGGAAGUUUCUCUGGUCCCACGGAGAUCACGAUGUCAGGUUCAUUCUUGGGUCAGAUCUCAGGGUCUGGAGAAGAUCUACAGGAGGCCUCUGGGGUCCUGAUGUUCGGAUCUGGACUCGGAUCUGGACUCGGAUCUGGACUCGGAUCUGGACUCGGGUCUGGACUCGGGUCUGGACUCGGGUCUGGACUCGGGUCUGGACUCGAGACCUCAGGAUCUGGUUCUGGGUCUGGCUCUGGGAGUCCGGUUACUCCUCCAUCAGUCACAGAGAGUCAUGGUCCUGCCUCCUUGUUUGCCCCACCCACCCAAGAGAACUCCACCAAUCAGCUGCCUCUAGGGUCCUGCUCCGGGGGCUGGUCUUCCUUCUCGGGGCAGUGUUAUCUGCUGCUGUCGGAGCGUCUCACUUGGCCGGAGGCAGAGCUUAGCUGCAGAGAGAUGGAGGCUCACCUGGUCAGCAUCAGCUCACCUGAGGAGCAGGGCUUUGUCUCAGAUCUGGGUCAGGUUUAUCAGUGGAUCGGACUCAACGACCGAGAGGAAGAGGGAACAUUCACCUGGACAGAUGGCUCUACUCAGGACUUUGCUCAGUGGCGCCCCCAUCAGCCUGACGCAUACUCAGGUCCAGAAGAGGACUGUGUGGCUCUGAUCUGGGACCAGAGCGGAGACUGGAACGACAUCCCCUGUACCUACCACCUCCCCUACACAUGCGAGAAACCAGCUGUAUCCAGUGGUCGAUGAGCGCCCCCCUGAGGACAGAGUGAACACUGGUUUAAGUUAUUCAGAGACUGUGGCCCAUGAGGGUCAAACUGAGCGUAGAUACACAAAGGUUUAUUUUAUUUAAAUAAUGUUUUUAUGGAUUAAUUUUAGUGACACUUUAUGUUUUUGUGUUGUCGGCAAAAAGCUGAGAGCAAAAAUCCUAGGUCCCGACCAGAAUCCUAACCAGAUCUGGAAAAGGGU